AUGGCCGCCAGCUUGACAGAUCUGGACUCUUUCGAGCCUUCCAAGGCUGGAGCUUAUGAUCCGGGCGUCAUCAGAAUCUUCUACGACAAUAGGACUUUUGCAGGCUUCGAAGACAAGCUGCCAUUCUACCAGAAAUACUAUCUCGAGGCUCUCUCGCGACUGAACUGGACAUCGUGGACGCCAGUCGACAAUCUGUUCCCGGGAUAUAUCCGCUUGGUCUUCUACACAGUAUGUCGCACGCACCACGUUUCCCUCGGGCUCUCACUGCAAUCGCUAAUGCGCUUCUCAGCACGCCGGCGCACAGGGUUGCAAAGACUUCCCACUACACAAGGCUAUGGCCGUCAAAGAAAUGUUUGACGAUCUUUCCAACGAGGGGUUUCGACCUAUGAUUUUGGGCUAUUCCAAUGAAAAUCCCUUCCCCAUGAUUGGGGGAGUAGAGCCGCCACCUCCGCCAAAGAAGAAGGAACCGAAGCGUGCUAAGACUUGGAGUGGUGGUGUGAGUGGUCACGGCUAUACUGGUACGCCGCAUGACCGAGUCAUGGCGAUCAUCAGGCAGGAUGAAGAGCAAGAAGCAAGGCUUCGAGAGACCGAAGUUAGGGAAUUCGGACUCGAGAAGGAAGGAGCUGCUGUUUGA